AGCCGUGCGCCUGUGACGUCAGGGGGCGGCUGACCAAUGGGGAGGCGCUGCCCUUUGGAGACAAACCAUUCGACUCGUGGCGUCUGCAUCAAGUCUGAAAGCAGACGCGCAACUUUCGCAGAAUCCACCUUAAAAUCUCUGCCUUAAACUGCACCAGCCCCCAAAAAAUCCAAGGGGGGAAAGCAAGGGGGGGGAGAGUAGAUUCCCCCUCCCCCUCUCCCUCCCCCUUCCUCCUCCCUUUGGGUUAACAAGGCCCCGCUCACUAUAUCUCUCUUUAUAUUAAAUAUACCUAUAUAUAUAUAUAUUAGAGAAGAGCGAGGGAGAGGGAGAACCACCUCCACCCCCCUCUUUUUUAAUUUUUUUUUUUUUUGCAAGGAUCCCAAGAGCUAAGGUGGCUGCAGAGGGGAGAGCCGCGCGAGCCAAGUGGGGGAGGGUGGAGGCAACCCGGGAGAAGGCUCUCUCCAGCCCCCAAAGUUUUGAUGAUGACCAUGACUACGAUGGCUGACGGCUUGGAAGGCCAGGACUCGUCCAAAUCCGCUUUCAUGGAGUUCGGGCAGCAGCAGCAGCCGCCGCAGCAGCAGCCCGCGCCGCCGCCGCCGCCGCACUCGCAGCAGCCCGCGCCGCCGCCCGCGCAGCAGAGCUCCCCGGCCAUGGCGGGCGCGCACUACCCGCUGCACUGCCUGCACUCGGCGGCCGCCGGCUCGCACCACCACCACCACCACCACCAGCACCACGGCUCGCCCUACGCGGCGGGCGCGGGCAACUCCUACAACCACCGCUCGCUCGCCGCCUACCCCUACAUGAGCCACUCGCAGCACAGCCCUUACCUCCAGUCCUACCACAACAGCAGCGCGGCCGCCCAGACGCGCGGGGACGACACAGAUCAACAAAAAACUACAGUGAUUGAAAACGGGGAAAUCAGGUUCAAUGGGAAAGGGAAAAAGAUUCGGAAGCCUCGGACCAUUUAUUCCAGCCUCCAGCUCCAGGCUCUAAACCACCGUUUUCAGCAGACUCAGUACCUGGCCCUUCCCGAGAGAGCCGAACUGGCAGCUUCCUUAGGACUGACACAAACACAGGUGAAGAUAUGGUUUCAGAACAAGCGCUCUAAGUUUAAGAAGCUGCUGAAGCAGGGCAGUAACCCGCAUGAGAGCGACCCCCUGCCAGGCUCCGCAGCCCUGUCACCACGCUCGCCAGCGCUGCCUCCAGUGUGGGACGUUUCUGCCUCUGCCAAGGGCGUCAGCAUGCCCCCUAACAGCUACAUGCCCGGCUAUUCGCACUGGUACUCCUCACCACACCAAGACACGAUGCAGAGACCCCAGAUGAUGUGAGUUGUCAGAGGGGACACAAGGGGAAUGCCUAAACAAGACAAGGAAGACCCUGGACCUGCUUGUGUCUGCCGAACCAAGCCGAAGGAGCAGGCUCAGGAGAACUUGUAUGUGUGGCCGGAAGCUGGCUGGGCUUUUCUCUCUGUCUCUCUGUAUCUCUCUCUCUCCCUUCACCCCCUCUUCUCUUUUUCUCCCUUCUACCCCUCCUUUUCUCACUUCUCAUUCAUUCUUUCUUUUUCCCGCUUUACUUUCUAUCCUUUCCUCAACUGCCUUCUUCCUUGAGCAACCUUAGUAAUUUAUCUUGCAUUUCAGAGAGAGAGAAAGAGGAGAGAGACUAGUUUCUAUGCCAGCGCUCCGAAAACCCCUCACUGUAAGGAUAUUUUCCCUUACCCCUUGGGAUUCAGGCUCUGAGCCGCCUCUUCUCUUUGGGAGUAUCCACCAAAAUGACUUUUUUUAAACAGACAUUUCUCCCCACCAGAAGAAUCUGCACAAACAUGGCAGCAUUUUUACAUGUUUAAUGAGCUUAAGACAUUUCAUGAUGAAAGAGAAGCAUUUUUGGACUCCUUCAUUUUUAUUUACUAAUCCCAGACUGACACAAGAGAAAAAGAAAAAGAAAAUAAACCCUCACAUAACAACCCUUCUCUAAAGAAAAAGGAAGAAUCGGCUGUAAAAUUAGAAUAUUGCCACAAGAGGAAUGCUGCAUGUUUAUCAAAAUGCAAUGACCAGAAAUGAUGAUUCAUUUAAAAUGCAAACGACAACAAGCAAAAGGCUCCUUCCCUACCCCACCCCCAAACCUUGAACUGCAAUCAGGAAAGACAGAGGAAACAACCAAAAUCACCAUUGUGUUGCUUUGACACCUUUACUAGGUGAAUUGGUGGCAUUCACUAAGCUAAUAGGGACGUUUAUAUCAAGAAACAUUUCUGUAUAUAUUGUUGAAUUUUAGUUGUAUAUAUACUUUGUAUGUUUUUGUCUUCUUUCAUAUAUGGAGUAAAAGCCACAAAAUGCUGGGA